GCCCAGUUUAUCUACUUCAGAGUCUUAAAAAACAGAAGUCCCAGGGACCGCUACAGGGAAGACGAAGACUACGAUCCUUUCUGGCAAAGGUUGGAGAAUAUUGCUGUCUGACUUAGAGCUAGAGUGCUCCUUUAUCCCCCUCAGGGGUCAUGGUCAGCCCUCGGGGUCCACCCAGGGCCAGGCCCACGGACAUGACAACCCCUGGACCCCUCCUGCCUCCUUAUGGUGUCGUAGUUGGAGUUUUGCUUCACCUCGUUGUUUAUUUAGUCGCUGUGCUGUAUAGUUAUGCUGAGCAGCUGUUCUUGAAAAAGGAUGACAAUAAAAUAAAGAAGCAAGAUAUGCCAGCAGUCUGUGAUCUUCACUGCUGUAAGGAUGUGCCUGUAAGAAAUGGCCUAAUUAGGCAGAAGCCACCCUCUAUCAACCCUGAGAGACUGAAGGAUUUUGGUGAGGAGGAUUACCUCAACGGGGAUGUGAAGACCUGGGAAAUGAAGAUAGUGAGCCGAAAUGAGGAGUUACUUAGGGAUGCCCUUUCCUGCAUCCCUCAGCCAAGCAGUAGGACCAGCCUGACAAGCUGUAACAAGCUGAUUCGAUUUGAAGACAUUAGUGCAGCAGCCUUCAAAAUCCAGUGUGGUGUUCAGAAAACCCCCUGCAUGUAUUCUAGGCUAUCCAAGCAGUAUGGAAUGGACAUCUACCUGAAGAAGGAAUUCCUCCAGUACACAGGGUCUGUGAAGGAACGAGGGGUACUUUACCUUCUGAUGUCAUUGCCUCAGGAGCAGCAAAGAAAGGGGGUGAUCGUGGCUUCGGACAGUAACUUUUCCAUGGCUGUUGCUUACCAUGCCUCAGAGCUCCAUAUUCCCGUGUUUGUCAUCGUGUCCACCAGCACGGCUCCGGCCAGGGUGAAAAUGUGCCGUGAGUACGGCGCCAUGGUCAUCUCCUACGGCACCACAGCGAAGGAUUCCCAGGUGCACGCGAGGAGGCUGGCGCAGGAGAAUGGUUACCUCUACCUCGAAGAGGAGGACAGUGCUGUGUACCUGUCAGGCCUGGGAACCGUGGGGCUGGAGAUGUACGAGCAGGUGCCAAAUCUGGACGCAGUGAUUUUCCCUGCAGGAGGCCACUGUGGCUUGCUGGCAGGGUCAGCUGCUGCACUCAAACACCUCAACCCACAUAUUUCUGUAAUUGGAGUUGAAUCUGAAAGUUUCCCAGUAUUGCAGCAGUCCUUAAAAGCUGGCCACCCAACUGAUGACCAGGCCUGCAACAAUCAUCACUUCUAUGGAGAUGUGAGUGGAGUUUGCUUUGGCAGCAAUUCUUUGCAGCUGACUGGGAAGCUUGUGGAUAAAGUUGUUGCUGUGAGGGAGGAGGACAUCCUCAUUUCAAUGCUGAGGCUGCUGGAGUAUGAGAGAGCCACGGUUGAUGCAGAAGGGGCCAUUGGACUUGCAGCAUUGGUGGCAGGGAAACUGCCUGAGUUGAAGGGUAAAAGAGUGGCAGUUGUUAUAUGCAGUGGAAACCUGGAAUUACAUUUGCUGCAACAGUGCAUAGCUCGUGCCCUGACCCUGGAUAACAGAGUGUGCAGAUUUUCCCUUGUGAUUUCCGACUGCCCAGGAGAUGUGUCAAAGCUACUGGAGAUUUUGGCUCGGGAAGAAGCAAGAGUUUUGGAUAUCAAACAAGAACGCACAUUUGUGACGUCUGAGCUCUUCACUGUCAAGGUCAUCUGCACUGUGGAGACCAGAGACAAGAUCCACACAGCCCAGCUGAGGAAUGCCCUCUUGGAACGCUACCCCACAACUGCCUGGACCGAGCGGUGACGGGCACAGCGCGGUGAGGGGGCACCAGGGCCUCUGACAAGGAUUCCACAGAGCCCCAGGCUCCAGGCUUUCACAACAAAUAUUAUCUUUCAAAGCUGAACAGUUAGCAAAUAGUUUCAGGUUAUUUAUUUCCUGCUCAAAAUGUAGUAAAUAUCUUUGGGGAGAAAAACAAGUUAAACUCAAAACUUUAGUUUAGCUAAGGGAAGCUCUUAGUCUCUGCUGGUUUGGAAUUCCUCAGUUCAUUGUCAGCUGGCUGCCUGGGUUUUAGCUAGUUCAUAGAAUCCAAUGAUAUUCUGUAAACAAACAAGGAGAAGGCAUUUCUCUUUAUAUCAGAAUAUAGACCUCUCAAAGGUCUUUUGAUUUUGAUGCCCCUUGUUAAAGUAAUGCAGCUCCUUCUGCUGGGCUUAGCCACACUACAAGUACAGAAAUUUUCUGUUUCCAAGGCAGAAACAGUUUUCUGUUCAUUAAAUCUGCUUCAGGAUAUGUAUACACGUGUGUGGGGUUGAACACACUUCUGUUCUGAUCUUUGCUACCACAUGAGGAAAAAUUAAUAGAAGGUGAUUUAAACACAGAUAGAAAAACCCUUGGAAGAUAAAAGCCAAUAUAAUAUUAAAUUUUUCCCAAGGGAAAAUGAUCCUAUUUGCAAAAUAAAAUUCCAAAAUAUUUUGCAGACAUUGAAAGAAAAGUAUUGAGUAUGAUUAGAGCUCAUAAACAGAACACAAAUGUAUUUCUUGCCUCUGCUUUUGAAGACUCAGUAUAAAAAGUAGCAUAUAAACUGGCUUGUGUUUCUAUAUAAAAAAGGGGUCUUGCUAUCCAGGUGAAUUUUGUAAUUAGCAUUCCGCUGAUUAUCUUAGUCUGUCUAAAACAGACUCUAUCCAUCUCACCUGACAGAUUAAGCACACUGUUAAUAGUGACAUAUAUUUAAAGACCACAUGUUUAUAGCCAAAGGCAGUGCUGAGAGAAGAGGAAGCCUAAGUCUUAGGGACGUGGCUAAUGCAAUUAACAAAGAACACAUUGACCUAAAUACCAUUUUUAUCACUACAGGCAGAGACCAACUAAUAAUAUAACUGAGUGGGAUGGCAAGAAAUGUAAGAGAAGUUCAGGCCCUCUUCUGAAUGUGCACACAACAAAGUUAUCACUUUUCAUUUGGGCAGAAUUUAACUUCACCUCUGGAAGGACUCUAUAGAACCUUCCAGUACCUAAAAGGGGCCUACAGAAAAGCUGCAUGGGAUCUGGGGCAAUGGCUUUAAAGUGAAAGAGGAAAGAUUUAUAUUAGGUAUUAGGAAGAAAUGCUUUACAGUGAGGGUGGUGAAGCACUGACACAGGUUGCCCAGAAAAGUUAUGGAUGCCCCAUCCCUGGCAGGGUUCAAGGUCAUGUUGGCUUUGAGCAGCCUUGUCUACUGAACAGAACUGCACGACAGGGAGGUUGGAACUAAAUGGUCUUUGGGGUCCCUUCCAAGCCAGACUAUUCUGUGGUUCCAUGAUCCAUCUCCCUCUGUAGCUUACACAGGCCAGAUGGGAUCAGAAGGACAGCAUUUUGGCUGUCUCUUCAGUAUUCUUUUUCUGGGACAUAAUGUGUUUGCUCCUUCUUGUUGUGGUUCAAAAAGGAGCAGGAGCACAGAGUCUGACUAAUGGUGGACAAAAAAUAGAAGUUGACAGAUUUGGUCUCUUUUUGGAAGGACUAUGUUGGUUUGCACAUGGAAGUAAAAAUUACUGAUGCCCCAAUGGUUAGUUUUGUUCCCUCCUGGCCAUCCCCAAUGAUGGAUAUAGGCCUUGGUCCUGUAAAUCACAGCUGUGUCCUGUCAGACACAACUCCUUUCUCCAAUGUCAGAAGAGUUUAAGAAAUCUGUAUGGAAAUAGAUGACAGAGUCCAUAUUACAUACUUGCUACUUCCAUUGGAACAAGAAAUGAACCUCUUAUCAACGAGCAGAUUUGGGAUGAAAACCCGCUAUCGAUAAGGGUCUAAUUAGCCUCUUGUGUUUUUUGGCAAAAGUCUCAGGAAAUUCUGAGGAUGUCUCAGGUACCUCCAUGAGAAGAAAAUGGAGUUUUAUAACCAAAGUUCUCAGUAGUGGCCAACAGGUUCUGCUGUCCAGAUAUUUGAUUUAAAAUUUUGUAUUUUCCUGGAUGUUAUUGUUUUAGAAGCUCAGAGCAUUAAUGACUUCUUUCCUAAUCAGCAGGAACUGCAUUUAGCAAGUCUUCACAAACCGGGGGCAAGCAGAUGUAG